AUCACAAAAUAUCUUUAGUGUUAACUUUGUAAUCCUAAAAUCUAGCUUUUUGUCUUUUGUCAAUGGCGUCUGGAGAUGUUGAGUACCGGUGCUUCGUCGGCGGUCUUGCAUGGGCCACCGACAGCGAAGCUCUCGAGAAAGCUUUCUCUUCUUACGGCGACAUCGUUGAUUCGAAGAUCAUUAACGAUCGUGAGACUGGAAGGUCAAGAGGUUUCGGAUUUGUGACAUUCGCUAAUGAGAAAUCGAUGAGAGAUGCUAUUGAAGGGAUGAACGGCCAGAACAUGGACGGGCGUAACAUUACCGUUAACGAAGCUCAAAACCGUAACAGUGGUGGUGGUGGUGGAGGUGGCGGCUAUGGUGGUCGUCGUGAAGGUGGAGGUGGAGGCGGAGGCUAUGGUGGUCGCCGUGAAGGUGGAGGAGGAGGCUAUGGUGGUGGAGGUGGUUAUGGUGGUGGUGGUAGGGACCGUGGAUAUGGUAAUGACGGUGGUGACCGCUAUUCCCGUGGUGGCGGUGGAGGUGGUGGAAACUGGAGGGAGUAGUGUGUUUUAGGUGGAAGUUUGAGUACUAAUAAUGUUUAGUUAAAUUAGAUGUUGGGAUCUAACGUUCUGGUUUAUGGUAUCUGUUUUGGUUGUGGUUUCCGGUUUCGUUUAUGUAUGCCUCUGAGUCUGGUUGUGUAUAAACGAUCGGUUGAAAGGAUAAUGAGAUACUAUUUAAUGACUAA